GCCAUGUUUGGCUGCUUUGUUGUAGAUUUCUUGUAGGUUUCCUGCAGAUUUUUUUUCUUAAGUGUUGCAAUGGAACCGAGCUGGAGUACAUUUUUAUUUCAGCAGGCCAAUGAAGCCCUCCAUCACCAGCACCAGGUGGCCCAGAACAGCCUCCUCCCGCUGCUCAACUCGGAGCCCGUGGACCAGAAGCCCGUGCUGCCCAUCCCCCUGGACCAGAAGCCCCCCAUCGGCCUGGGCCCCGGCGGCCAGGGAGGAGGCAGCGCUGGCGGAGGAGGUGGGGGCGGCGGUGGAGGUGGUCCUCCCAUGGUGAUGGUGAAGAAGGAGCCCAAGUCCAAGACGCCGUUCAUAUGCAGCUACUGCAACAAGGCCUUCCGCGACAGCUACCACCUGCGGCGCCACGAGUCCUGCCACACGGGCGUCAAGAUGGUGUCGCGGCCCAAGAAGCUGCCGCAGCCCGCGCCCACCAUGGUGCCGCUCAUCUCCUCCAUGAACCCCCGCGAGAACAGCAACAACAACUCCCCCUACAUCUCCACCAUCGCAGGCAUCCUCACCACCGCCACCACCUCAGUCUCCACGGGCUCCACCGGGGCCAUGUCAUCGGUCUCCAUGGUGGGGGGGUUACCAGGGCAGCAGCAGCAGCAGCAACAGCCCAAGAAGCCCCCCAAGCCGGUCAAGAAGAACCACGGCUGCGACAUGUGCGGCAAAGCCUUCCGAGACGUCUACCACCUGAACCGCCACAAGCUGUCGCACUCGGACGAGAAGCCCUUCGAGUGCCCCAUCUGCCACCAGCGCUUCAAGCGGAAGGACCGCAUGACCUACCACGUGCGCUCGCACGACGGCGGCGUCCACAAGCCCUACAUCUGCUCCGUCUGCGGAAAGGGAUUCUCCAGGCCUGAUCAUCUGAGCUGCCACGUCAAGCAUGUCCAUUCCUCCGAGCGGCCCUUUAAAUGCCAAGUCACGGCCUGCACGUCUGCGUUCGCCACCAAAGACCGCCUGCGUUCCCAUAUGAUCCGGCACGAGGGGAAGGUGACGUGCAACAUCUGUGGCAAGAUGCUGAGCGCCGCCUACAUCACCAGCCACCUGAAGACACACGGCCAGCAAGGCAACUUCAACAGCAACAACUGCAAACAAGAGAGUAACGACGUCUGCAACUCCUCCUCCGUCACGCACGUCACCUCCUCCGCCCCCAGCAUCACCACCGGCAUGACCCGCGGCGGCGGCGGCAUCUCCACCAACAGCAGCAGCGCGGUCAGCUCCGUCAGCAACGCCGUCACCAUGGCGCAGAUGAGCCUGGGCGCCGGCGGCACGGUAACCAUGGCGUCGUCGAUGGGCCUGCAGCACCCGGUGACCAUCACGGGGCCCGUCAACAUCGCCUCGGUGCCCGUCAACAUCCCCAGCUCGGCGCCCAUGUCCAUGAACCUGGCCCACCCCGUGGCCAUCACCACGCCCAUGCCCAUGAACAUCGCCGGGCCGCUCAACAUCGCCAUGAGGCCCAUGGACAGCAUGCCCUUCCUCUCGCAGCUGGCGUCUAGUUACCCCCCACCCCCCGAAGGAGUUCUGACCUGGCGUUAAAAAAGUGCACAAGAUUAAUGUGAACCUUGGAGGAGGAGGAGGGAGAGAUGGAAAGAUGGAGGAGGAGGAGGAGGAGGAGGAGGAGGAGAGGACGCGCGCGCACACAGCUGAGGUCAAACGAGGACCGGCAGGGGUUUUGGAAACGGCCCCAGACCCAACCAGCACCGCUGACCUUUUGCCCUUUGGAGAACUCACAAGGACGAAUGCAAUAAGUGCUGUUUUUUAUUCUCUCUAUCCCUCUCUCUGUCUCUCUCUCUCUCUGUCUCUCUCUCUCUGUCUCUCUCUCUCUCUCUCACUGAUUGUCUUGUUUUUUUUAUUAUUCUAUUUUAUUUUAAUUUUAAAAUAGUUCUUUCUUCUCCAUCUGGGCAGUGUCUUGAGGGCCAUUUGGCCUACUCGUCAGUAUUUAAAUGUUUUUUACAGAAACAAAAUCAUGAAAAAAGGGACGUAAGGCUUCCACUGUGAGGGAAUGGAUGUUUUUUCUUUUUCUUUUUCUUUUUGGUCAUGGUCAUAUUAACCAUAAACUGAAACUGUACCUGGCGGAUGAGUUGAGUUUGAGGUACCACCGUUUACCUCCAUAGACACUGACACCUUAUCAAAAACCUGUGCUGGAUUGGAUUCGGAGUCGUUUCCUUUUUUUAAUUUUGUAUUUUUUUGAGUUGGCUACGAUACAUGUGGAGAACAAACACGUGCUAUUGGCUUUGCCAGGCCUGUGUUUUGUUUCUCCCACCCUAGCACAUUCUGUCCCCUUUCUUUUUUUUGAAUUUUGUUUUUGUUUUUGUUGUCCGUGUCGUCAGUAUGGACACUAGGAAGAAGACAACCGUGUCUUUUUUUUUUUCCUCCUUAACAUUAGAAAGAGCAGCAGUGGGCUUGACUCUGUGUGCCUAUGUAGUGUAGUGAGCAGGGCUCUAAAUUAACACCAGCCAACUGUGAAAAGUGAAAUUUCACUUUGGCUGGUAGAGAAGAACAACUUACUAGCCACUUUGGCCCAUUAGUCAGUAUGUGUUUGGCUAGUAAGAUUAACAACUACUAGACAUUUUGGCUGGUGAUGGAAAAAAAGUUAAUUUAGAGCCCUGGUAGUAAGGCAGCCUUUAGUUUGACAGUAUCACAGGAAAGGAGGAGGAGGAGGAGGAGGAGGGAGCUUUGCACUGAGAAGCCUUUCCCGUAUUCGUUUUUUAAAAGUAUGAAAUGAAGAAGGUAAAAAAAGAAAAAAAAGAAAGAAAAAAAAACAGCAGCAGUAUUAUCAAAGAUCAAACGUAUGGAGUGGUAGGUAAUCCAGCCUAGUUCUUACAGCACCCCCUAGUGGGGGGAAUGAUGAAUUUUUAGCUCGGCAGUUUUUAUUUGAACCAUUAUCAAGUUGGUGACAGCAGCGUAGGUCUUUUUAGAAGUAUUUUGUACUCAUGUUGUUUUUAAAAAUGUUUUGUUUUUUAAUUAUUGUUGUUGCUUUCAAGGACCCUGUUAAAGUGAGGGACAGUCUGCUCAGGUAUGGCGGGAAGGAGAGAGUCGAACCAAGUGAACCUUUUUUAUUUUUAUUAUUAUUAUUAUUAUUAUUAUUAUUAUUAGGUCAUGUUUAACAUGUCAAAUUAUUUUUUUGUUGGAAGUUGUCUCCCAAGAUCAUUGAUAUGAACGCCCAUUUUUUUCAAAUUGAGGCUAAAGUAGCAGAAUCCCUUCACCAAAUGAUUAUCCAGCACCCGGCAUCUCUUUAGGGUGCCCUCUGCUGUUAUGGACAGACAAGUCCUUGGCCUCCUCUAGUUAGUCUUUAGUGUUGACUGAACAUCUCUUUUGAUUUGUCUUUUUGUUUCCUUAACUACACUUCUGAACCAAAUGCUAGUGUGUAGGGAGGGGGUUAGCCUCCAUCUUUCGGGGUGUGUGUGUGCGUGUGCUUGCGUGCCUGUGUGUUUUUGGUGUGUGCAUCUGUUGGUGAAUGGAUGCGUUGCGUGCCUGUAUGUAUGUGUUUUAGUCGGUUCCCAUCUCUUGUCAAUGGUGAAACAGAAGAGGUGGCGUUGAACACUGCCGUGAGUGUACACACACACGCACACGCACACACACACACACACACGUGUGCGCGCAUGUGAGUUAAUGGGAGCGCUGACCUGGUCUGCCUAUUGUAUAGUCUCAGGAUGUCGCAAAAACUACACGAUUGCUCAGAGCACCCUCACGGCCACAAGAGGGGAUGGAUGACGAGUGACGCGUCACCCUCAACCCCCCUCUCUCGGACGAUGUCCCCCUACGUCCCCCCCCUCUUGUCACUAACGGGGGUGUGCAGGGGCCCUGCAAAUGUGAUGCUAGGUACACUGUGGCAGCCCCGAGAGGGCUCACAGACUUGUUUCUUUAUUUGGGUUUUUUGGUUUCUAUUAGUAUUAUUUUUAUGAUUUUAUUUAAUCAUUUCUCGUACAGCCUCUCCCAGACUGGGAAGGGCUCCGGUUGUUAUGUUGUCGUUUUGGGUCUGGUAUCGAGGCGGUCAUAAGAACUUUAGUUCCCAAUCACACACGGAGCAACAGUGGACCGACAUAAUUAAAGGACUUUGAUGAGGGAAGAUGAUGUGGGACUCUCUUUUUUUUCUUUUUUUUUUCUUGUGGAGUUACUAAAGAAGACGAAGAAAAAGAAACCUAAAACCACCAACUACAAAAACACUAAUGAAUUAGUACAGUCAAAUGUGCAAAAACUUGCCAAUGAAUUGUUCUGCGAUGGUUAAUGUAAUUGUUUUGCCUAUUUUCUCUGAGCGUCUUUGUGUUUGACCGGUUGAAUGCAGGGAGCAUUUUCGUGCUUCAACGUGUUUAAUGCAAACUUUUUGCUCUUUUACCAUGCAAGGCAUAUUAUUUUUUUUGUCUCGAACAAACAAAAGAAAAAAAUGCAUGUGGUAAAUUUAUUUUUUUGUUUCCAAGUGUCUUUCUUUUAUGAAGAGAGAAUGUCCUGAUUAAAAAAGUGUAUUUUUCUGUAGUCCUUUUACAAAAUGGAUGCAUCAUGGAUUGCCUCCUUGUUUUUUGCCAAAUUGUUGAUGACUUUGAAAUGCAUUGAACUAAAAAAAAAAAAACAUUUACAAUUGAGUGUGUUCUCAUUUUUUUGUAUGAAAUGAAAAUGCUGAAUUGGAAGCUCUUGUCCCCCCCCCUGUGAAGGCAGUUGAAUGUAUAUCUUUGUACAAACAGUGUAGUGCUGAGGAAGUGGUAGUUACAAAUAGCAAAAGUUGAGCGAAGACGAAGAAGAAGCAAGAUAACCUUUUAUAAGACUUUUUUUGUAUUAGAACAUUAACAAUGGUAAUUUUUGUAUAUAUGAAAACUAGGCUUUCUGGGUAGCAGAGAGGUUAAACAUUCCUACAUUUUUUUAAAUGUACGUUUGUCAGAAAUAAUUAUGUAAACAUGCGGAGUGUUUUAUGUGCCUUUUAUUUGGGUUUGUCUAAAUAAAAGAAAACUAUAAAACAUGA